AUGGUUCACCAACUUCCUACUAAUGAGAAAGAAUCAAAAAGGAUAUCUUCGUUAGAACAACGUGUAGAAGAAUUAGAAUAUACAUUCUUAAGAACCGCUAAUACCCUUUUAGAGGCGAGAGUCGCCGAGUUAGAAAUUUCUUUAAAAGAGUCAAAUGAGGAGCGCGAUAAAUUACGAAAAUUGUUGGCUGAAACGGAAAUUACCGAGAGAAAGGAUGUUUCCGAUUUCGAUGUCGAAAAUGUUUGUGAAGAUAUUUGUGAAGAAGUUUGUGAAGACAUUGGUUCGGACAGAUUAGACGAUAGUUCUGAAAAUUCAAAAAUUUUAAAAAAUUUUGGUGAUAAAGAAUUUGAACGUGUAUAUGGUCGUAUAUUAAAACUCGUUAAUAACAUGAAGUCUGAGUGUACCAAGGCUAUCCAUUCUAAAAUUCCUACGUCAAGUUUACCUAAAUUCGGAAGUCCCAAAUUCUCCAGUCCAUUUGGCUCCAGUCCAUUUGGCUCCAGUCCAUUUGGCUCUAGUCCAUUUGGCUCCAGUCCACUUGGCUCCAGUCCAUUUGGCUCCAGUCCAUUUGGUUCUCCAAAGACUCCUCCUGCUAGUCCUUUCACACCAAUGUCUUCAAAAAUGCCUGUUCAUUCGAGAACAUCUAGCAUGUCAGCUACUUUUAUUUCUUCAAGGCCCAACACACCUAGUAGUAUCAAAUCAUCAAGCAUUCCUAGUAGUCCAAUAACACCCCCUGCAAGGCUUCCGGCUCCAUUGAAAAUACAAAAUUUGCCAUCCCCAAGUUCCAUACCAAAUACGCCCACUUCCACUCGUUCUCCUACAACUCCCGUUAAUUCAUUAAGCAGCCCUGCAAUUCAACAAAGUUUAAGGAUGCUAUCAAGAUCAAGAACACCAAGUUUAACAAAUUUAGCUUCAAGUUUUACUUAUGAUUCUUCAAUACCAAGUCCUCUUGGUUCACAAUCCUCCCAAUCUGGUCUUGCACAAAAAUCCACUAAUACCAGUACACUACUUAUGCAUGAUCGUGCUAAAAACAGAUAUUCUCAAAAUUAUUCCAACCUUGCUCAAUCUACAGCAUCAUCUCAAGCAAUUAAAGUAUAG